AUGCUGGUCGCCAUGCUGGCCAAUCAUAACAGACCUCUGUCGUAACCAGAGCUGGGACCCAUCACUACCGUAAACACGCACCUUGAUACGUCUGGUUAACCGACAGUCUUUUGAAACUUUAAUAACAUUUAAACUAUGUCAAACCAAACGGAGGUUAAUUUAACUGGAGUCAAACAAAGUCAAGGCGUGUGGCUUGUUAAGGUCCCCAAGUAUUUAUCUCACCAAUGGGACAAAGCCUCAGAAAAGGGAGAAGUUGGAAAGAUUACCAUUGGAAAGAAGCAAGGCAAAACAGAGGUACAUUUCAGCCUGAAUGAGGAUCUGACAACCCUGAGCGCUGUGGGGGAGAAAGAUGUAUCAAUGCAGAUCCCGAGGGAUCAUCCCUUCACCAUGCACCCAGUGGGUGGACAGACCAUGGCUGUCUUCAGCCAGAGUGAUGCAGAUGGCAUCAGUCUGGAGGGGAUGGUGGUACACAGAGCUGAAUGCAGACCGGUCGUCAAUGACAACUACAUGAAGCUGAAGAAGUUGCAGAUUCAAGAGUCCACCAAGCCUCAGCGUUUGUCACAGCAGCUGGAGAAAGCUGUCACUACCAUCUUCAAGCCCGUGGCCAACCACGACUUCAAUUUGGAGCACGAGAAGAAGAAGAAAUCUGAUGGGAAGAUGGUGAGAGCUGAGCGAACGGUUGUGUUGGACAUGCUCUUCUCUGCCUUUGAGAAGCACCAGUAUUACAACAUUAAGGACUUGGUGGACAUCACCAAACAACCUGUGACCUUCCUGAAGGAAAUCAUGAGGGAAUUCGGGACGUACAACAGCAAGGGGGCUCACAAAAGCACCUGGGAGCUGAAGCCAGAGUACCGACACUACCAGUCUGCUGAGGAAAAGGAGGAGAUGCAGACGGCCUAGAGCAGAGAUACAACUUCUCUCCUGAAUAUAGAUGUCAAAAAGGAAAUACUGUUCAUCAAAUACGCUGGCAGUAGUGGAUGUUUUUCAGUUCAUCAUUUUUAAGUGAACAUUAUCAUUGAGUGGAACAUCACUUUAACACAAAUAAACAGACACACUGUUCACAGUAUUAGAUUUACAGUUUUUUGAAGUUGAGGAAUGAAAAACCAGUGGCUGUGUUGAGGUGGAAGGGGGGAAAUAAAAUAACCCCACAUAAUCACACCUACACCUGAGCGAAGCUGCUUCCUGGUUGGUAGAAUAAAUGAAGUCGGAGAUAUACGAGCUGAAAA